CUCUUCGUCGUCGUCGUAGGCUCUGCUGCAGGACGUGCUUCAACGAUCGUUGUGGAGCGAGCUCGCAGAAGGGGGGACUGCAAUCUGUUGCGGACGAAGCCAAUGCGACCUUCGCAUUCCGUUUCUGUUUUCGAGGUGUCUUCUGCCAUUUGAGUUCCCAGUUUUCAGACACAGAAUCGUCGCCAGUGUGUUUCCAGUUCAGAGGAUGAAGGUCGAGGGGACUGAUGAUGGUGCGGUUGCAGCUGCUGGGGUUGGUCCUACUGGUGUCUCACCAUUCGUCUCAAAAGUGCUGGCUCCCGGUGAUAUAGUGCUGGACCUCAACAGUACCAACAAAGUUUUGCGAGUUGGAAGUGGAUUGCGGCAGGAUGGAGACAGCAUUUUGGCAACAAAAGCGGGCAAACUACGGUUUCAAAAGCAAAGCAACAAAUAUUGGGUGGAAGGUUCCCAGAAACGGUACAUUCCCAACGUGGAAGAUACGGUGGUAGGUAUCAUGGUGGAUCGGCGGUCCGAGAUGUUCAUACUAGAUAUUGGUGGUCCUGCAUUUGGUUCACUUCCUAUUCUAGCCUUUGAGGGAGCCACCCGCCGUAACAUUCCUAAUCUUCAGAUAGGAGCAGCUGUUUAUGCUCGCGUUGUGAAUGCCCAUAGGGACAGCGAUCCUGAACUUUCUUGUACUGAUGCCGCUGGUAAAUCUGCGGGCUUUGGGCCUUUAAAGGGAGGUUUCAUUUUUGACUGCAGCACAGGAUUGGCACGAGGAUUGUUGAGUAAGCCAACUCCUCCAGUCUUGGAAGUUCUCGGCAAAAGUCUAUCUUUCGAGAUUGCUGUAGGUUUGAAUGGUCGUGUUUGGGUCAAUGCGCCUAAAGUUGCCACAAUCAUUACUGUCUCCAAUGCAAUUCAAAAUGCGGAGUUUUUAUCUCCCACGCAACAACAUAUUAUGGUCAAGAAAUUGCUCGAGGAUUCCCAAUAAUGUUGGUAUUAAACCAAUCAAGUGUCAUUCAGCUAUGCAUUUACCACCUUCGUAGCGUAAUGUGAUGUUUUGUCUCAUGUAGCGCUUACCAGCAGAUCAUAAGGUUCAUUAGUGUCCUUUGCACCAUCCAUGGUAUCAGGGGCUCAAUUUCUACAUUUUCCAAUAGGUAUUGAAUGUGUCACGGCGUUAAUCACUUUCGUUUCCUGCAAAUUAUCAGCUUAUGUUUUUUGGCUUCUUAA